UUAAUUUGAACCCUCAGUAACUGAAAAAAACCGUGUUAAACCAGGCGCCAAGUUUUGAAUUUUCGUUCGUUACUCAAAGAGAAGAGGCAGAGCCAUGGCCAUUGAAUGCCUAGUUCUCGGAGCUGGGCAAGAAAUCGGGAAGAGCUGCGUGGUUGUAACGAUCAACGGCAAGCGAAUAAUGUUCGAUUGCGGGAUGCACAUGGGCUACGACGAUCACCGUCGUUACCCAGAUUUCUCUCUCAUAUCAAAGUCCGGGGAAUUCGAUAAUUCUCUCAGUUGCAUCAUCAUUACUCAUUUUCACUUGGAUCAUGUUGGGGCACUUCCUUUCUUCACUGAAGUUUGUGGGUACAAUGGACCUAUUUAUAUGACGUAUCCAACAAAGGCAUUGGCUCCUUUAAUGUUGGAGGAUUAUCGAAAAGUUAUAGUUGACCGAAGGGGAGAGGAAGAGCAAUUUACUUCUGAUCAUAUUGCAGAAUGCAUGAAGAAAGUCAUAGCAGUAGAUCUGAAGCAGACUGUGCAGGUUGACAAAGACCUUCAGAUCCGUGCCUAUUAUGCUGGACACGUGCUUGGAGCUGCAAUGUUCUAUGCAAAGGUGGGGGACACUUCUAUGGUGUACACGGGAGAUUAUAAUAUGACUCCAGAUAGACAUCUUGGAGCUGCUCAAAUUGAUCGACUACAGCUGGACCUCCUUAUAACAGAGUCCACAUAUGCAACAACUAUACGGGAUUCAAAAUAUGCUCGGGAGAGGGAAUUUCUUAAAGCUGUUCAUAAAUGUGUUGCUGGUGGAGGAAAGGUGCUUAUUCCAACAUUUGCCCUCGGAAGAGCUCAGGAACUCUGCAUAUUGUUGGAUGAUUACUGGGAGCGUAUGACUCUUAAUGUGCCUAUUUACUUUUCAGCAGGUUUGACCAUUCAAGCCAAUAUGUAUUAUAAAAUGCUAAUUAGUUGGACUAGCCAGAAAGUCAAAGAGACAUACGCCACACAUAAUGCAUUUGACUUUAAACAUGUUCGUAAAUUUGACCGCUCUUUGAUAGAUGUUCCGGGUCCUUGUGUUCUUUUUGCAACGCCAGGGAUGAUUAGUGGUGGUUUUUCUCUUGAGGUUUUUAAACAUUGGGCUCCAUCUGAAAUGAAUCUUGUCACAUUACCUGGGUAUUGUGUGGCAGGAACCAUAGGACAUAAAUUGAUGUCAGGAAAGCCCACCAAAAUUGAUUUGGACAAGAAGACCCAAAUUGAUGUCCGAUGUCAGAUUCAUCAACUAUCUUUUAGUCCUCACACAGAUGCAAAAGGAAUUAUGGAUCUUGUUAAAUUUCUCACCCCACAGCAUGUAAUACUUGUACACGGCGAGAAACCAAAGAUGGCUACUUUAAAAGAUAGAAUACAGUCUGAAUUGAGGAUUCCAUGUUAUGAUCCUGCAAAUAAUAAAUCGGUGCACAUUCCUUCAACUCACUUUGUGAAAGCUAAUGCUUCUGAUGCAUUCAUCCGAAGUUGUUUGAAUCCUAACUUUAAGUUCUUAAAAGGUGGUUCAGAAGAGAACUUUGACUCUGGUUCAAAAGGCACAAGUGCCUUGUCACUGCUGCAAAUAAGUGACGAAAGAGUUCUGGAAGGGAUUCUAGUCUUGGAGAAAAGCAAGAAGGCAAAGAUUGUACACCAAGUUGAGCUUCUGCUUAUGUUUGGAGAAAAAGAACACAAGCUUCAGUUUGCCUAUUGUUGCCCUGUAAGUAUUGACAAGUUAGAGAAGGCCACAACCACAGAUCUUACUCCAGAAACUAAUUCACUUUAUGUUUUUCAAACAUCCUCUCUGAUUCAAUUACUAUCCACAAGAUUAUCGAGUGAACUUUCUGAAGGAAACAUUGUAGUUCUGGGGGAACAUCUGCAGGUGGAAUCAUUUCAAUUAUCAAUUUGUUUGAAGGACAACUGCCCAUAUAGAAAAAGUGGUACAUCGCAGCAGAAAAAAUCUGAAGCAGUAUUCUUUUGCUGCACUUGGUCAGUGGCAGAUGAGAAGCUUGCAUGGAAAAUCAUUUCAAUCAUGGAGAAUUUUAAUUAGACUUAAAUGUCUCAUCGUCAUGCAGCUUUUUAUGAGAAUGCCCUUAAGUUGUUUAUGGUGAGCUCAAUUAUGUGCUCGCAGAGAGGGGUAUUUUUUUAAUCAAUCAUGGAGAACUCCAACACAAGUGCAACUUCAAGUCAUCCGGCGCUGUUGUAUUCAUCAAUUUAUUGUUGAUCAUAUGGAGUUGUUUAUGUUAAAGGUAAUCUACUCUGAACUUUUUGGUGCAGGUGUUUCGUGAAGUGUUGCACAAGAACGACGUAGGAGCCAUUGGCUUGUGACAUUUUGCAUAUCACUUCUUGACAUAUUUAAGAAAAAGGGUAUUAGCAAAAUAGGUCAGACAGUCUUUCAAAGUCAUUGUUUUAAUUUGUGUUUGUUAUGAAUAAUGUAAUAUCCUAGCAAGAAA